AUGCAAUCCACCAAAGAACCCGAAUUCCUGGAUACUGGGGCCAUAUCCCGUUCACGCAGCCCCAGCGUUGUGUCUAGUGAUUCGCAGUUCUCUCGAGUCAAUCUCAUGUCCCCACCGUCCGUGACGCCGUCCCCAGCGUUCAUCUCGCCAUCUGCGGCUUCGAAGAUUAUCUCUGCCGACCAGGAGUUCAACACUGCCGAUUUUGUCGCUGAGGAUGAGGAAACCGGGGCUAGCGCCACGGCGCUGGUGACCCCGGCGGCGUUAGCGCUCCUGAACGGAUUCCUCGAUAACCUAUUGUUUAAUAUUCUCGCUUCGUCAAGAUCAACUCAGCUCGCAGGCAUUCGAUCCGCCAUGGCUGAUGUGUUGAAGCCCCGCUUGGCCAAGGAAGUUGUGGCAUCAGCCGAAGAAGAGUUGAGCGAAUACAUGGGCGGAGCCGACGAUGAGCCCACGAGAUUCCGCGGCGGCCAUCAGCCCAGCGGCGAUUUUGACCUAGUACGCUCAUGGAAGUUAACACGGCUACGAUGCAUGGUCUACACACGACUGGGCGAUAUGGAAGAAGAUGACGAAGACGAAUUCAUCGCGCAAGAGAGCCUCGGAGAGACCGAUGGAGCACCACGCAGAUUUACUAGUCAUGUCGACAAUAUUACACCUGCAGCUUCUAUAUUCCUUACCUCAAUCAUCGAAUAUAUUGGCGAGAGUGCGCUCGUUAUCGCUGGCGAGACAUCGCGGUCUCGUCUGUCGGCACAGCUCAACAAUGGUAAUGAGUUUAGUGGAUCUGGAGAGCGGAAAAGAAUCGACCGACUUGUAGUGGAAGAUCUCGAUAUGGAGAAGUUGGCCCUUAAUGCAACCCUGGGUCGCCUGUGGCGCACGUGGAGGCAGCGCAGACGCGGAACCAGUCUUUCUCGAACACUCUCUCGUGAAUCAUUCCGUCCACGUGGGUACUCCCUGGCAAACAGCCGGAAGAGUAGCAUUGUGACCAUUGAGGAACCAGUGACUCCAAAUGAGCCUCUCCCUGUGGUGAUUCCGCCACCUUUGGACCCCGCCACCGUCCCCUUGCCAAUGGGCGAUUACGACGUUCAAGAGAUCGAGGUCCCGGGAUACAUUGGCGAUCUAGAUGGAGAGAUACAGACCAUGGAGGCUGUUGUUGCCCACAAGGUGCGACCCCGCAGUCUGAUGGUAUUUUCAUCGCCCUCGCUUGUGCCAAAAUCCUUAGGUUCAACAAAAAACUCGCCAGUGGGUGCGUCAGCUAUUGAACCUGGCAAAUCAAUCCGUCAUUUUCGUACGAGGUCUCUACCUAAUGACCCACCCCAACCCGAAUCCGCCGAGGAGAAGCCAGAGUCGCCAACAGACCACCCGUCACCCACCGUAUCGGAGAGAAAACAACUCGAGACUAUGUAUGAGGAUGAUGAAUCGGCCGAGUACGUGGAUGUAGCCGAAACUGCACCUGGUAAUGCUGUCACUACAGAACACAUAGAUACACCGUCCUUUAAACCUGCAGCCGAAGCUUUCGAAAAUUCUAGAAUGUCGAUCUUGCACGAAGAAGAGGAGGCGCCUCCUGCAGUCAGCGAGACGGUUACAUCCUUGCGCGCUAUCGCCCAAGACGAAGACUCGAUAACCGAUCAAUCCAAUAGUGCUCGCGUCUCCGUCGUAUCCUUGAGUGAUCAGCCAAAUCAGAAAGACCCAAAAGUGAUUGAGGGCAUUGGAUUGCGCGAAAAGCCUACUUUGACUUCGACGAUAUACCGACCAACACGCCAGUCCUCGAGGGAUACCAGUCUACUGAGUGCAAGGUCGAUCUCUGACCAGACUAGUGACUCUGAAAUGCAAAACGUUGUGGAGAGCCAGCCUACAGUGCAAGGGGCUGAGACUUCGCAAGCUCCACCCGCACCUCCGAUGGAGACUGUCACAUCUUGUAUCAAUCACCAUGCGACUGAUGAUGAUCAGAUUAACAUGGCCACGACCACCACCCGGCCCACUUGGCUAUCGGAGGAACAUACUGAGGCGGCAUAUUCUUCACAAGCUCUCCCGGCCGAUGCCAGUCGCACGACCUCCGGUUCAUGUAACUCGCAGAGAUCAAAAGCUCGCCCCCAACCUGUUCCAGUGGAGGUUACAACCAGCAACCGGAGCUCUUCUGCCCCUGCUUCGGCAGUUGAACGAGCCGCUGUUCAGCGCAUGUCUCGGUCAUCGAUGUCUUCUUCUGUCAUCAGUAAAACCCGUCGGUCUGGUAGCUUCGGUAGCACUCGCGAGAAUACGCGUCCAAUGACUGCUGGCUCUACCACGUCGCAGGUGUCUAACAAAUUGAAGGGUAUCUUGAGUCGAUCCCAGGGUGACUCUGGCUCACCCGGCAUGCGCAGCUCGUCUGAGACUAGUCGCGCAUCUGACGGGAGCGUAGACUCUGCAGACAACGAGGCUGCCAAUUUGGACACGCUGAUCAACAGUGAUGAGACUGUUCAUUACACCCUCACGCCCCGAAGUGUGAGGGAGAUGACCUUCCCCGACCUGCCUAACCGAUCAGUUCCUCGAUCAGAAACGGCAGGCGUCUCCGACCUCGCAGAUUUAUUAGAUACCACUGCACCACCACCAGUCGAAGAUAAACCCUCUCCUCAAACUUUGGUUUCCCCAAGAGCAACUGAGGAGAUAUCUCCAAUCUCCCACACCAGAUCCAUUGAGUCACCCAAGCACAUCCCACUUACCACCCGCUUGGCCAGUUUGUCACCAACCUCGAGGUCUAGCAAAACUGGACAAGCGCGGGAUGCGCGAAUCGUGCCCUCGGAUUCGACACGCGACUUUGCAGAAUUCAUGAGAUCGACUGGCCCUGCUAGUGGGCCAUUCGAGUCUAUGACCUCUAUCUCUGCCGAGAGCCUACGUCCUGCUCGUCCUCCAUCAACUCUCUCCUCUGUCUCCCGUGGCAACCGACCUAAACUUCAAGCUCGGUCUGCUGCGACAAGAGGAUCUCUGAGUUCGGACCUCAUCGACUUCAUUCGUGAGGGACCUCCUAUGCCAGCAGGUGCUCACCGAAUUCCUCGGGCAGUUGCACCUUUCCGUGACACUCUUGAUUCAGAUGAUCUUCAUCUAGAGAACACUACUUUCUGCUCUUUCGUCAGCGCUGGAUCUACACCCAAUAAAUCCUUGACAUCUCUUGGUUCACGGUCCGGAUUGCUGGAUUCAAAUCGAAACAAGGCUACUGCAUCAGGAAGCGCCACGGACAUCGAUGAGCCUCAACCUGUUCGGAAGCAACGCCGUGCCCCAGAUCCCUACGCCAUUGACAACGAUGAUGAUGACGCGCUUCUGGAAGAGCUUCUGGAAAAGGAAGCAAACCCCAAGCCCAGGCGUGAGGAGGAGAGCCUGAUAGAUUUCCUGCGCAACGUUCCCCCCCCUCCCCCCUCCGAACAGUUCCCGAAGCCGCUUGCAGUCAGUGCUCCUUCAUCAAAUGGUCUGACUGGUGCAUCGGGCAUGAAGGCCCGCCUGCUCCGCACCUCUCAAACCUCCUUGCGCACACAAAAUUCCCCAACCAAGGUUGGCCAGGAGCGCAAUAAUGGCACUAUACCUUCUAUCUCAAACCGCCAGACUAACACUGGUGAUUUGGCGGAUUUCUUCCGUAACACCGGGCCUCCUCCGGGCACUACGCGAUCUUCACCAACACCAAUUGGAUCUAAGCCAAAGGACAGUGGCUUCUCCCGCUUCUUCACACGUCGAAAAAAGGUUGGGGCCUAG